GGAUAGAGCGCCAUAGGAUGUUUCUCUCGCCAGUGGCCGCACCUGAGAGCAACACGGUCGAUUGAAUUGAACUCAGUUCCCAACCCUUAAUCACUUCCUUCACCCAUACUUCAUCCAAUUUUCCUUACCAGAUUUCAAUCAUUCUGCAAUCCAAUCGAGAAUUCCACCUCCGAAGACCCCAAAUUCCUCUGCAGUUCCGUCCCUCUUCCCGCGAGAAAAAACCGUUGCCGAAUUUUGAUGUUUCCUCGUUCAAUUUCUGUGGCUCUGUUGCUUCGGCUCUGUCGUUUAUACGUAUUAUGAAGAGUAGUACAUGGUUCGAGAUCUGAAAUUGGAAUCUACUACUACCUGUUGAGGAUGCUUCCGUGGGGAGGUCUUAGUUGCUGUUUGAGUGCAGCUGCUCUCUAUCUUCUUGGAAGGAGUAGUGGCCGGGAUGCGGAGUUACUGAAAUCUGUUACGAGGGUCGAUCAGUUGAAGGAACUGGCUCAAUUGCUUGAGGCUGAAUGUGUAGUACCUCUGGUUGUUGCAAUUUCUGGGAGAGUAAGCUCUGAUACACCAAUAAAUUGCGAGUUUAGUGGGCUGCGGGGAGUAAUUGUGGAGGAAACGUUCUGUUUUUUUCCCCCUCAGGCAGAACAACACUUUCUGAAGCACAACGAUGCAGGAUCAUGGAUUCAGGAUUCUGCACUGAUGCUCUCCAUGAGCAAAGAAGUUCCUUGGUAUCUGGAUGAUGGGACUGGUCGUGCAUUUGUGGUGGGAGCUCGAAGUGCCACAAGUUUUAUAUUACCAGUAGUGAGUGAGAUAUUUGAAGAGUCUGGCAGAUCUCUUAUGCGUGGAACCUUAGAUUAUCUCCAAGGUCUUAAGAUGCUUGGAGUUAAGCGAAUAGAGCGUGUACUACCAACUGGCACUUCCUUGACUGUCGUUGGUGAGGCUGCCAAAGAUGACAUUGGUACUAUUAGAAUACAACGACCACACAAAGGGCCAUUUUAUGUCUCCCCAAAGACAAUCGAUCAACUCAUAAGCAAUCUUGGGAAGUGGGCCAGGUGGUACAAGUAUGCUUCCCUGGGUUUGAGCAUAUUUGGUUUGUAUCUCGUCACAAAGCAUGCUAUUCUUUAUCUCUUGGGGAGAAGGCGUCGCUGGAAAUAUCAGAAAAGGGUCCUAGCUGCAGCUGCCAAGAGAUCAAACCAAGCAAAUGAAGGGGAAAAUGAUACGACUAACAAUGGAUCAGAUGGUACGAAGAGAGACCGUUCAAUGCCAGAUCUUUGUGUAAUAUGUCUUGAGAGAGACUACAACGCCGUUUUUGUCCCGUGCGGCCAUAUGUGCUGCUGUAUAGCGUGUUGUUCACAUUUAACAAACUGUCCACUCUGUCGUCGACGAAUUGAGCUGGUAGUAAAGACAUACCGCCAUUGAUGGUUGGAUCCGAGGACUCAUUAUCAUAAACCUUCAUGAGCACUUCUAUAUGUCACGAAGGCAUACUUAACGUGAUGCAAGAAUCUCACCAGCCAAUUAUAUGCUGCAACCUCCCCAGAUAGAAGGUUACACCUUAUUUCAGAAGGUAAUUAAACAUAGUUGCUCUCUACGAACUUCAUUUGUCUGUGAAAUUAUACAUGAUCUUAAUCAGCCGCCUAUGUAUAUUAUCAUGUUAUUCCUAGAUGGACCAAUUAGAAAAAGAAAGUUCAAAUAUACAAGUCAUUAAACUUGGUCUCCAA